GCCCUCGCCGCUGCCCCAGCCCCGCGCCUCCCGGAGGCCGCACCCCGCGCCGGGCCCCGGAGACAGCAACAUCUUCUGGGGCCUGCAGAUAUCCGACAUUCACCUGAGCAGGUUUCGCGAUCCAGGCAGAGCGGUAGACUUAGAGAAGUUCUGUUCUGAAACUAUUGACAUCAUUCAACCAGCUCUCGUCUUAGCAACAGGAGAUCUGACAGAUGCCAAAACAAAGGAACAGUUGGGAUCCAGGCAGCAGGAGAUAGAAUGGCAAACUUACCAAGGUAUUCUGAAGAAGACAAGGGUCAUGGAAAAAACCAAGUGGCUGGACAUCAGAGGAAAUCAUGAUGCAUAUAACAUUCCAAGUCUGGACAGCGUCAAGAAUUAUUACAGGAAAUAUUCUGCUGUACGUAGGGAUGGCCAUUUCCAUUAUGUCCACAAUACUCCCUUUGGCAACUAUUCUUUCAUCUGUGUUGAUGCCACCCAAACUCCAGGACCUAAGAGACCCUAUAAUUUCUUUGGAAUUUUAAAUAAGAAACAGAUGGAGGAGCUCUUAGUACUGGCCAAAGAAAGUAGACAGAGCAACCAUACAAUUUGGUUUGGACACUUUACAACAUCCACUGUCAUUUCUCCAUCACCAGGAAUCCGAUCAAUAAUGAGUUCAGCUAUAGCUUACUUGUGCGGACACCUUCAUACGCUCGGUGGGCUGAUGCCUGUUUUGCACACUCGUCACAACCAGGGCACUUUGGAACUUGAGGUGGGAGAUUGGAAGGAUAAUAGAAGGUACCGGAUCUUUGCUUUCGAUCAUGACCUCUUCAGCUUUGCAGAUUUGAGUUUUGGCAAAUGGCCUGUGGUUCUUAUCACCAAUCCUAAAUCUCUCCUCUAUAGUUGUGCUAAACAUGAACCACUAGAAAGACUCCUUCACUCAACACACAUCAGAAUCUUGGCUUUUUCUUUAUCCUCCAUUACUUCUGUCGCAGUUAAGAUUGAUGGAGUCAAUUUAGGCCAGGCUCUUCAUUUGUCUGGUCCUAUUUUCAUACUGAAGUGGAACCCCAGGAACUAUACUAAUGGGACUCAUAAAAUAGAAGUAAUUGUCCAGGAUUCUGCUGGAAGAAGUAGGAGUGUUCACCACAUCUUUUCUGUUCAAGAGAAUAUUCAUCUCACAUUUGAUCCUAUGGCAUCAUUUAUUCUUCUUACUGACUACUGCACUGUGGCCCGGGUCCUUUUUGUGCUGAUUGUGCUGGUCCAGCUCACCAUUCUCAUUACUUUUAGGUAUAGAAAACACCCAGUGCUUAAAGCACCUCCUGGAUUUAUAAAUUUGACCUCAUUUUCCCUUCAUGUCUUGAGCAAAAUCAACAUCUUCUAUUAUUCCAUGUUGUUGCUGACCCUGUAUACAGUGCUAGGACCAUGGUUUUUUGGUGAAAUCAUUGAUGGCAAACUGGGUUGCUGCUUUUCCUUUGGGAUUUUUGUUAAUGGACAUUUCCUACAAGGCAGCAUCACAUUUAUCAUUGGAAUUCUCCAGCUGGUAUUUUUUAACAUCCCCUUGAUGGUUUACCUGUGUUGGAGCUUGUUGCAGCGGUGCUUUGGUCACAACUUCAGGUCUCAUCUCCAUCAAGGAAAAUACUUGAAAAUCAUACCUGUUCACCUACUUAUGCUACUGCUGUAUCUCUGGCAGGUCUGUUCCUGCUACUUUAUUCAUGUGACAUUUGGCACUCUAGCUUUCGUAUUCUCUCCUUUGCGGACUUGGUUGACACUGCUGACUCCUGUUCUUGUGCGUUAUGUGUGGACACUGAAUUCUACUGAGUUUGGAACCUUCAUGGUGCAGUUAAAAUGCCACAUGAGCUCCUGAAGGCCAUGCCUCACCACUGGCAUGUAUGCAGAAAUCGAGACUCCACGUCUGUAGCCCAGGCUUGCCUCAGUAGCAGGAGAAAGGCCAGUAUGGGUGGGUGAGCUUCAGGAAGCUGCUGGUCCCUGGACACUUGGAUGUUGGAGGGACUACCCACUACUGAUUCCUGCAGAAUGGACUGCAGAAAAGCCUCUAAAUAAUGCCUUGAUUUCCGUCCUUCUCUAAGGAGGCAAAGGGUUGACUUAACCUUUGUGAAGAAAGCCUUAAUCCAGGAUGUCCCGAGGUAGGGCUGUGCGUGUGUGGAUAUGAGGCCCAGUGUGUUUCCGGUGGUUGGUUACCCAACCUAAAGCACCUAGCACUGUGUCUGGCACUCAGCUGCUGGCGAGUGUGCCAUUUUAGGGGUCAGGAAUCUGUGGACUUGGGUCUGACCAUGACUAUCCUUGAGAUGUUAAUUCCAACUGUUUCUCCACAAGGUUAUGGGCUCCCUGCUUCCUUAGUUCGAGGUGUUUUCAACUAAUUGAAUAAAUGAAUAAAUGAAGAACAAGAAAAA